AUGGAGCCCCGAAGGUGGUCAGCCCGGGAGUGGGCCGCCCCGUCUCACCUACUGCCGCGAGGGGGCGUUUUGAAGCUGUGGCUCUUUGAGUUCUGGCUAUUACUUCUGGGUUCAGGUUUGAACGAGGGAUUCUUGCCUGAUGAAGAGGAUGUGGACUUUAUCAAUGAGUACGUGAACAUCCACAAUGAGCUCCGGGGCCAAGUCCUAAGGGGUGAUUGGCCUGUGCUACCGGUUUUAAAGACAGUGUUUAUAAGAACUCAGAAAAGAAAGCCUUACAAGCCAGGACGGCAUUGUUCUAGAUGUGACAGAUAUGACAGAUGCACAGAUCUUCUAUGCAGUAAUGCAGAGCGUGACCAAGCCACAUAUUACAAAUUUUGGUAUCCAAAAUGGGAAGUACCCCGGCCACUUGUGUGUGAUCCAAUGUGCAUACUUACUUUAUUACUAAGACUGGUAUGCUUGUCGCUAUGUACUACAGCUGUUUUGAUAGUGCAGUCUCACUUUCCAAAUAUAUUAUUAGAAGAAGAAAUGUUAAACAAGCUUGGGGAAACUGAAGGAGAGCCAAAAGAGGUGGAGAAUAAAGUGCAAGAGGUACGGGAGAAGGAGGAGACAUAGAAAAGUACUGUGAAGAUUAACACUGAUGAAUAAACAAAGGGAAAUAUCUUUUAAAAAGCAAAAAAUAAAAAACACUUAAUUUUAGCAAACGAGAACUACUUUGCAAUACGUUUUUUUCCCUCUCUCUUCCCAUCCUUAUCCAGCAAAUUUAAAUGAAACAAAGAAGCAAAAAAUGUAUUUUAUAGUAUAUGUUGUAAGGCAAACUCUUGGCCCCUAAGAAUAGCUAAAGAUGUGAUGAUAAAAAUUCUAAAAAGAUUUGACAGUCUAAUUAAUAUUAAGAUGAUACUAUGUUAAUCUGAUAAGGGAGGGAAUUUCCAUUUUUAAAAUAUGUCUCUAUCUGUAUGUUUCUACAUCUGUAUUUUAAAUAUCUUUAAAUGAGUUUCUCAAAUAUUAAAAAAGAUCAUAUAAGAUGCUUAAUACCAUUCCAAUUUCAGAACAACCAUUUAAUAAGUUUGGAUUAUGUUGUUUUUAAUCAUUUUUAUUAUAGUUGUUAUCGCUAUUGGUGAUGGUGGUAUUUUCCAUGUGAUAUCAAGGCAUCUAAUAUCAUUAUUUAUCUUUGUAAUAUUUGUGUUUGGAAUAGUUUGAGUGGUACUUGUGUACGCUGUUAGAGGACAAAUUUAUUAUGUCUACUUCAUGUUCAGUAUUUCACGAAAGCUUUGCUGUAAUUCUUUUAGACUAUAUAAUGUGUUGCUGCCAAAGACUAACAAAUGUCAAAAAUCAGUUCAUUGUGAUUGAGCA